AAGCGGAUACAAGAUCUAGGAUAAACGCUUUAGAACUUCCAAUACUCUUGUUUGAACUUUAUUAUGACUAUAAUGAAGAACCAAAUAAUCAUUCAGUUAUUAAAAAGAUUUUCCCUUUCAGUAGUAAAAGAAGAAUGGUAAUGGAAAUUAAGCCAUAUGUUCGUGAUGAACAAUAUGGAAAGAAUAAGAAUUUAUUUCGACGAAAUACAGCUAUAAGUGGUGUAUCAUUAGGACAGAUUUUAGAUGCUUGGACGAAUCCUCAGGUUUCUCGUCAUCAUCAAAAUCCGAGAUCUGAUUAUGAAUAA